CGGGGCGUGUCGGUUUGAUUGGCAUCGUGUUCCCUGGUAGUCUGCUGCGGGACCAGGACAGACAGCCGAGGGGGGGUCUGAAUGUCCAACCGGGACGGUCUGUGGACUACCGCGAACUCGCACGCACAAUUCCCAGGUCUUCACAGUUGACUGAUGAGUUGCCAGUAGGACUUGGGUUGGGCUACACCGACUGGUACAGCAUACUUGUGGCAGUAGCAGCAGCGAGAAGGAGGGCUUGGCGAUGGUCACAGCUAUGGAGGACGCCUGUCCCAAUGGGGUGCAGGAGGAGCAGGAGGAGGAGGUGACGCCCCCGAGACAGCCUGGCGCGGAGGGGACCCCGGCCGAGCGGUCCACCCAGGAAACAGAUACGUCUGGAGCCAUGCAGCAGGUGUUGGAUCAUGUGGGUGAGCUGCCCACCUCCACGGGCGCCAAGGACAUCGACCUGCUCUUCCUGCGCGGCAUCAUGGAAAGUCCAACUGCUCACGAGCAGCUGGAGGAAGUGAAGCUGGAGGCGGUGCAGGACAACAACGUGGAGCUGGUGACAGAGAUCCUGGGCGACAUCAACAACCUCCAGGUCAAAGACGACAGCGCGGCCGAGCUGUCCAAGAUCCUGCAGGAGCCACACUUCCAGUCUCUUUUGGAGGCACAUGACAUAGUGGCCUCAAAAUGCUACGAAGUCCCGCCCCCAGCGGAGAUGGCCAAUGACGCAGCAGUGAACAGCGCUCUGAUGCAGGCCGAUGCCGUGCGAAUGAUUGGCAUCCGAAAGAAGGCCGGAGAGCCGCUGGGCGUGACAUUUCGUGUGGAGAAAGACGACCUGGUCAUCGCUCGAAUCCUGCACGGCGGCAUGAUCGACAGGCAGGGCCUGCUGCACGUGGGCGAUAUCAUAAAGGAAGUGAACGGGAAGGAUGUCGGCAACAAUCCCACCGAGCUGCAGGAGAUGCUCAAAGACUGCAGCGGAGGGAUCACGCUGAAAAUUCUCCCCAGCUACCGGGACGCACCGGCUCCUCCCCAGGUGUACGUGAGGCCAUACUUUGACUACAACCCGGCCAGUGACAACCUGAUCCCUUGUCGCGAGGCGGGCAUGGCCUUCGCGAAGGGCGACAUCCUUCAGAUUGUCAACAGAGAGGAUCCCAACUGGUGGCAGGCGUGUCAGGUGGUGGGCGGGGCUACGGGACUGAUACCCAGUCAGUUCCUCGAGGAGAAGAGGAAAGCUUUCGUCCCUCGGGACUUCGAUGGGACAGGCAUGCUCUGUGGCACUAUCGCUGGAAAGAAGAAGAAGAAGAUGAUGUACCUGACAGCCAAGAAUGCAGAGUUUGACAGACACGAGCUGCAGAUCUACGAGGAAGUGGCAAAAGUGCCAGCAUUCCAGAGGAAGACGCUGGUUCUGAUUGGUGCACAGGGCGUGGGUCGACGCAGCCUGAAGAACCGCCUGAUGGUCCUACAGCCAACGCGUUUCGGCACAACUAUACCAUACACUUCGCGACGAGCCCGCGACGACGAGCUGGACGGCAACUCGUACCACUUCACCAGCAGGACGGAGAUGGAGGUGGACGUGAAGGCCGGCCGGUUCCUGGAGCACGGCGAGUACGACGGCAAUCUGUACGGCACCAAGAUCGAUUCCAUCCACGAGGUGGUGGACACAGGACGCACCUGCAUCCUGGACGUCAACCCGCAGGCUCUGAAGGUGCUGAAGACGGCAGAGUUCAUGCCUUAUGUGGUGUUCAUUGCUGCGCCAGAUUUCGACACACUCAAGGCCAUGCACAAAGCCGUGGUGGACGCAGGCAUCACGACGAAGCAGCUCACGGAUGUGGACCUGAGGAAGACGGUGGAUGAGAGCGCCCGCAUCCAGAGGGCUUACAGCCACUACUUCGACCUGACCAUCGCCAACGACAACCUGGAUAAGGCCUUUGAGACGUUACAGGCCGCUGUGGACAAACUGUGCAGUGAACCCCAGUGGGUCCCGGUGAACUGGGUGUACUGAGGACCAGCAGCAGCCACUCUGAGCGGGUCACACUGACCCACCAGCAUGUGUGUGUGUGUGUGUGUGUGUUUCUAACCACAAAGGCCAAAGAGGAGGAGAAGAGUCCUGGAAAAUAACAGUAAUAAUUAUUUAAAAAAAAGAAUGAAAAACAACUCCUCCUAAUGCUCUUUUUCCUCUUAGGCCCGCACGGCUUGCAACUUUUUUUCUACUCGAAAACUCAAAGGGAAAAAGUGCUUAUUUAUUUUAUAACUUUUUAUGAAAGAUCUUUCUAUUUCGAUGUGGAAUUCCGGUGAGAAUUAAACAAACAAACAAAAAAAAUCUGGUCACGUCUACGGGCCAUAUUUUUGCAUUAAUUUAUUGUUGUAGUAGUUACACGUCUUAUUUUGUAGUCGUUUCUCUUGAUUUUUUAAGUGUUUUUUUUUUUGUUUUUUUUGUCGGCCUCCCUUCACGGACACCCUGGAUUUAUGAUCACCAACCAAGCCACCACGAUGGAGAUGAGGAAGAGAGGCGAUGAGUAGUCGGUGUCAUACGUCGUUGCCACGUUUGAGCGCCCUGUGUAGCUGUGUUUUGGUUUUCACCUCCUCACAAAUGAAUCCUUUGGUGUUUUCUAUGUCGCUGGCCCUGAAUCCUUAGUCGUCGACAGGAUAAACUGUGCAAAGAGAAACGAAGAGGUUGAAUGGCCCAUUUGGGCAAAAGUCUGCAGGGGUAAAAGAAAAACUACUUCAUCAUUUAGUUUCUCAAAGAUUAAACAUCGUCUGUGUCUGGUAAUUUUUGUCUAGUUUUGUUUUUCUUACAGUAGUUUUUCAUCCGUGUGGUGAUUUAUACAGUGUAGUGUUUUUGUCACUCAUGAUUUAUUUUAUUUUAUUCGUCCUCCUGUUAUCAGUCUCUGUCUGGAGUGUGAUCAUCAUAGUGUUACUGAGCGUCAUCUUUGCCGUCUACAUGAAGCAGUUUGUUAAUGUUUGUAUGUACGUGAGUGAGGCUCCAAUCCUCGCCCUCCUUAUGGACCUUAUCUUCAGUGUUGCAGUAUGCCAAAGCUCCAAUCGUUACUCCAAAUAAGGUUUGAAAUUCACCAUUGCUAAAUCGGAUUGGUAGUUCAACUACAGGCUGUAUCAUGAAUUCAAACAAAAUGUGAGUUUGGAUGGUAAACUCAUCCGGCAAAGCUAAAGGGUAAAACUCUAGUUCCACUGUAUGUCUCAUAAUGCUCUGUAAAUCUUUGUCAAAACAAAUCAAAUAUAAAAAUUAAAAAACUACGAAAAACAUAGGUCACUAGUUUCCAUGAGAAAUUAAUUUGCUCUGAAAAAAAAAAAACGACCUCAUGUGAAUAUUCUUUGUGAUAUUUGUGGCAUUUCAGCAUCCUGAGAUCAACCGGGGCCACAGGUUUGAAGAAAAACAGCCCUGCUGCCUGUUGAAGUGUUUCACGUGGUACCUCGUGUCUACAGAUUUGCUUUUACAUUUUUUAUCAGCAAGAUUAUGAUGAAUAAAGUUUAUUAAACCUCA